AAGAAAAAAAAUGAAUAAUGAAGAAAGUUUAUUUCACUUUGCAUAACAGUUUUUUAUUUUUAUUAUCGGCAUAUAAAAGUGGAAAGAAAACGCUAUAAAAUUACUUGGGAGGCAUACAAGGUUUUACCACCACUAGAAUUUUUGUUGUACGAAAAUAGGAUUCCAUACGAAGAAAGAAAGUGUUUCGUUAUGAAAUUUCCAGUAGAAUGUGCAUUUGUAUACCGGAAGUGUAUGGAUCGAUGAAUAUAGGUACAAACAAUGAUGUAAAUGAAAGAAAAGUGGAGGGAGUGAAAGGAUAGAAGUAAAAGAAAAAGAAUAAUGAGAUUGCCAAAACAUUUUAUAGUUGUUCGUGUGUUUAGAUGUAUGAGAUAAAUACUAGUACAUAUUUCAAUGGUAAUAACAAAGAUAGGAUGCUACAUACACAAGUAAAAAAAUUUUGAAAAAUUCUGUUUUAAAGUUUAGUGAUGCAGUAAGUAAUAGAGUGUGAGAGAAAGAGGUGCAAAAGCGCAGAAAGAACGCCGUCACGAACCGCAAGCGUAAACGGUCGAAAACCGAUUUCAAAUAGAAAUUGAUUAUAGAUCCUCUAUAGAUGAUUAGUUAGAGUCGAUCAAGUGAUAGAAUAAAAAAAUAAUUCAACUUUCAUAUUUUCACUUAUUCUUUGAAAGAAUUAAAAGAAACUGAUGGAAUUUAGGGAAAGAUGAUUCGGGAGUUUUUUUGGAUCGUGAAAGUGUUAGGUGAACGAUAGUCUUUGAUUGACAAAUUAGAAAGAUAAAUUGAAACUUGUAUGAAUUGAUGAAAAGAAAAUCUAAGAAUGCACCAAAACAGAAAAAAGAAAAAGCGAGUGAAUUACGGUGUAAGGGCAGUCGAGGUAUUGCGUGGAAUGAAGGGAUUUGGCUUUACGAUCUCGGGACAACAACCUUGCAUAUUGAGCUGCAUCGUUCCAGGAAGUCCAGCGGAUAUCGCUGGAUUACGAGCCGGCGAUUAUUUAGUAUCUGUUAAUGGUCACAAUGUUAGCAAACUGCCCCAUGACGAUGUUGUGCAAUUAAUUGGUCGUUCAAAGGGUAUUUUAAAGUUGCAAAUAGCUGAAAAUUAUUAUUCUGAUUCCUCUGACGAAGAAGGAGUAACAGCAGUACGCUGCAAGCCCAAAUAUAUUCAUAAACCUCGUGCAAGUAAUAUGGGAGCGCUACAAUUACAAUGUAGAGUUGCCAAAGUUGUGCGAGAUUUACAAAGUGGUGCUAUGUUUGAUGUAGCAGGAAAAACACCACCUGAAUUGCAAAACCAUGGAACUUACUGUAAUUUACAUUAUCACUGGGAUAUGUCUAGUCCUCUUCCACCACCACCACCGCCAGCAUCUCAUAAAAGAGAUUCUGAGAAAAUAGUGCAUAGAACAGUUGUUGGUUACCUCGGAACUAUAGAUAUUCCAAAUCAAUUGCAUCCGUCUUGUAUGAUGCAGGUAUUGAGAAAAUGCAUCAAACGGUUGAAAGCUGAGAAAAGAAAUCCAACCACAGUAUUGUUAACAAUACAUGUAGCAAAUAUAAAACUCACCAAUUCAGAAAAUCGUGUUAUAGCAGAAUAUCCGUCCUAUAGAAUAAUAUUUUGUAAUUCCUUUUCUGAACAAGAUAAACAAUAUUUUGGGAUAUUAACUAAAUCUGUUAAAGAUAAAGAAAAUAUUGUUUCCAAUUCCUGCCAUGUUUUUACAAUAUACUAUAAAUUAAUUGAUCAUAUAGUACAUUCUAGUGUGUGCAAUAUAUUUGGUUUUACAUGCACCAAAACUUCUGAACUAAAUGUAUGUCAGGAAUUUCCAGACAGUUGCAAUGGUUUGAUUGGUGCUAUACAAACUUUGUACAUAUCAGAUUCAACAGCUACUGACACAAAUCCAUAUAAUGAAAUGAGGAGACAUCAAGAAACUGCUUCUCCGCAACCAAGCAAUAUAAGUACAUCAACAGCUCAUUCGAGUAAUAGUGAUUCCGGAAUUGGCUAUAAGGAUGAUUGUACAAGUCGAUCAGAUAAAAAUAUCGUACAAAAUAUUCCCCGAAGAAGAUGUCCAACUUUGGAAUAUAGGGAUGCGUGUGAAUAUUCGUCAAGAUCAUACGGUAACGAAGCUGUAGAUUUGAGAUUAACGGUACGAGCUGUAUCGAAAACAUGCUGGAACGAAACAAAUAAAUUGAGCAAAGAUAGUCUGGAAUUGCCUCGUGAAAGUGUGAUGUUUAAUGAUUUUUGCAAUGGCAUAAGUACGUGUUCGGAAACGAUAGAAAAUUCCGACAUGAAUUCCGACAUACAAAAGGGAACGAAGAGGGGGGACUUGCCCACCUGUCCAUUGCCAUCUGCUUCAACAGUUAAGCAGGGGUUGCUUAGUUCGUCCGUUGGCUCUCUUGUGUCCGUUUGCACCACCGCAAUGCUGCACGGUUUAAAAGAUCCUGUUGAGACGCCCGGUGAUGCCGCAAUUAAGUCGCAAUCGCAAUUGUUGGGACUUACGAGACUAGCGGAAUCAAAAGAAAUCGACGUACCAGACAAGUUUAGCCCGAAAGUUUUUUCUGGUAUUUCCAAAUCUUUAGUGCAUAGUUUUGAAGACCUUAAUACAAGCAUGGAUUACGUUCGACCACUGUGCCAAACUUAUUCAGAUAAAUCGGAUAAUUCGCGUCCUUGGGGAAGCUUGCAAGAAAUUAGAAACGUUGGGACCUGUGCGCAGAAUAUCUGUCUGCACGGUAGUACACAAUUAUGCGAUAAGAAUACCGAUUGUAAAAACAUACAUGCAUGGGCCAAUGGUUUUGAAAAAUUACUAGAAGAUCCAAAAGGUUUACAAACAUUUGCGGAGUUUCUAAAAAAAGAAUUUAGCCAUGAAAAUAUCUACUUUUGGGCUGCUUGUGAGAGAUACAAAGAUACUAAAGAUGUUACUACAAGACGUAAGUUGGCAAAUCAAAUUUACCAACGUCAUUUGUCCACUACAGCAGCUGAACCUGUAAACGUUGAUAGCCAUGCAACUGGCCAAAUAACGCAAGAACUUCUUAGUGAAGCACCUGCUGACCUUUUCUUACAGUUUGUAUUUUAUUUUCAGGCUCAAAAACAGGUUUUUAAUCUAAUGAAGUUUGAUAGUUAUCCGAGAUUUUUAAGAUCUGAUUUAUAUCGUCGUUGUGUAGAAACAGGAAAUUCCAUAACUGGAGUAGAAGAUUGUGAUUUAAAUCUUACCAGUUCUCCUAGUGUAAAGCUAAAGAAGAGUCACUCAGAUGCAGAAGAUCGAUGUAGAAAAUCUAUUCUUCCAUGGAAUAGAAAAAACAGAUCUAAAUCAAAAGAUCGUGGGGAAUCUGAAUAUAAUAAAGGCCCUAAUAGAAAUGAGACCAUAUAUAAGAGCUUUACAACUAUGAAAAGAGAAGCAGAAGGUAAUAACAACGACGACAGUAUUUCUAUAUCUAGCAGCAGGUCUUCAUUAGCAUCAUGGGAUUUGGCAUUAAGACAAUCAUUCCACAAACAUUCUUUAUCGUCCUACGAAGGACAGUCGAAUGAAACGAAAGAAGUUCGUGCCAAAUGUACCGGGUUAUGUCGGGUAAUAUUACCCGAUGGAUCGACUACGGUUGUGCCAACUAGCCAAAUGGAGAGUAUUAAAGAUGUGGUUACACGCCUCCUUGAUAAAAGAGCUCUUCGAUAUUCUAACUAUGACGUUCUAAUCCUUGCUACAGAUGAGACUAUAGAUACAAAAUAUCCAUCAUCGGUACUGGCUGGUCAAGAAGUGGAAGUUGUACCAACGAAAAUACUGAAAGUCGAUCUACCUUCCCGUCGAGUGAUAACUGUGAUUGCACAUAAAGGCAGAACUCUUAAAGAUGUACUAAGGCCACUUCUAAAUAAGUAUGGUUUUAAUUUAGAAACUAUUACUGUAUGGAGUGAAAACCACCGUGUUUGUACGGAUGUACAGGCUAUUGAUGCUCCUGCGAGGCUAAUUUUGACCAACAUAAAGGAUCAAGAUCCACAGAAAGAAUUAAACACAGUUAAAUACACUCAUGAUGGAUCAAAUUCUCAAUCCACUCUAGACGAAAUCACAAAUAGAGUAUUUGAAGAGCUUUUGGUGGGCAAAGGCGCGAGUAAAUAUCACUACAAUGAUGGUUCAUGUAAGUCCGACGAUCAACGUUCUGAGGGUUCCUCUAUCUUGCCGAGUAAAUUUUUUCUUCGAGAUUCUACAAUGCAUGGAAAAAAGAAGGGAGGGAAGCCUAAAUGUAAUAUGAACGAAAAAAGCAAUGCGAACGAUUAUGUCUCCGAAGAAACUGCCAAAUCUCAUCCUCCUUUAAUAGCAAAAUGGCGGAACGGAGUAAAACUGCAAUUACCGGGAAAAUUCGACGGCGAAGAUUUAUACGAAGGUUUAAAACGGGCACAAAGAUCUAGAUUAGAAGAUCAGAGAGGCACAGAGAUCAAUUUUGAAUUGCCAGACUUUUUAAAGAACAAGGAAAAUGGUAAGCCGACGGAUCGCAACAAAGUUCGAAGACCUAGGAUAAUAUCUACCAAUUGCGAAGCAAAUGCCAAGUUUUACAGUUCGAUUCACGAACGGCAAAACUGUGGCGGACAUGAUCAAAAUACGACAACAACAGCAACACCUAUAACAACAACAUCAACCGCAACGACGACAUUGGCUUCAGCAAAGAAUGGAGAUCUUGAUAAACGAUUCCAUGUAUUGGCUACUGGAAAGGAAUUGCAGAAUUUGAAUCACCACGAACAAUCCAGUUAUAGCAACAACAAACGCCUCUUCAAGGAUGUAUUUAACAUUGGAGACACUUCGAACGGCUCAGUGAAACCUAAACCAAAAGUCCGCCGGCUAAUUGGCAUGGCUACGCGACGUCUUUCCAGUCCAGAGCCAGUCUCGCCAUCUAUAGACAAAGAAAAUAACAGUCCGCAUGGCACUAGCCCGCAAAAGAUCGUCGGUACAAAAAGGACCCGUCAUCCUCUAGAAGAUUGCGAUCCGAAUAGCCAAGACAGCGGAUAUGGAGCAAGCUUCAUUGAGAAAGAGGAAAAAUCGAGGCGAGAUAGAUUUCGAUUUGCGGAGCCCCUGGCCGUUGCUCCACGUCGAAUGUCUAUCGAAUCUCGGAGUCCGAUGGAGUCGCCGGUACGAUCAUCGCCACACCGAGCGCGAAUCGCACGAUGUUCCCUCUUUCGAAGCAUCUCAUCCGGUUACGAGAGUAUGGAUGAUGGGUUCAACGAUGUGGUAGAUACCGAGAAUUUGGACGAUGCGACGCAAUUACCGAAUGGUAUCACCACUUUACUCUGCGGCAAUAUCGUCGGUGCCGAGAUCGCGAAUACAUCAACGAAUCCUGACUUAAGUAAUCAGAGCACGCCCGAGUAUUCACGUACCUAUGGCGGCACAAGCGGAAGCUUCAGACGUUCAUUGUCAUUGCAAUAUGAAAAGGAAAGUCAAAAGAUCUCGUCGCUUUCGAAAGUACGUUCCUGUUUGUUUCGUUCUCCGAAUGCGAACUCAUCGACUAAGACUCUAGAUUUCGACGAUGGUAGCCCACUAGCGACGACUAUACCCGUUGCACGACGUCGGCGAAUCGAUGAAAUUACCGACGAGAACACCGACGCAGAUACAUUCAAUUUGCCGUUUGCUCGAGCUUCGAAGCGGCAUGAACCACUGAUGAACGAGAGCCCGAGACUAGUCAAGAGAUCACGAAGAUCCAACAACUUCUUUGAAGCCGUCAAAGAUUGUAGCAGUGGUGAAGCCAUGAUGUUCGAGAUGCCAAAGUGUAGGUCGUUACAGAAGAGCUUUUCUACGUCAGGAAUAGAGACGGCAGCUGUAAUAGAAACGAUAUCGACGAAAAUGGAAAUAGAGAUGGAAAUGGAAACGGACAUAGAAAUGGAGACAGAAACGGAAACUGGGACAGAGACAGAAGUGUCCUCGGAAUUGGAAGCACACGCGCACAUCAAAUCUGCUAUUCAUCGCAGCGUCACCGAUACCGAUCUCACAGGAGAUUUCAGCAAACCAUGCGUCCUGCCAUUAGCUGUUGGUCAUCACGAAGAUUUAAAAUCGAUUUCAGUCGAUACCUUAGCCGCUUUAAUACGUGGAGAAUUUAACGAUAGAAUUAAUUCGUUCGAAAUCGUAGAUUGCCGUUAUCCGUACGAGUUCGAUGCAGGUCACAUUCAAGGUGCUCUAAAUCUUUACAGUAAAGAUCUCAUCGAGCAAUCCCUAUUAGAUCCACUGAAAAAUACACCUGAAAUUGAACCAGAUACGAGUAAAAGAAAUAUUCUAGUGUUUCAUUGUGAAUUUUCGUGGGAACGAGGUCCAAAUCUCUCACGAUUUCUACGAAGUUUGGAUCGUCAACGUAACAAGGAAUAUUAUCCCGCUCUUUAUUAUCCGGAAGUUUAUUUGCUGCAUGGCGGAUAUGAGCAAUUCUACAGGGAACAGAAGGAAUUGUGUUCGCCACAGGGUUAUCGACCGAUGAGCCAUCCUGAUCACCAAGCCGAUCUCAGACAAUUCCGAAGCAAAAGUAAAAGCUGGCAAGGUGAAAGAUUAAGAUUUAAUGGUUGUGCAACGCGUAGUAAUCUGAAACGUCUAGGUUUUUAGAUAAAUCUCCAUUUUCCUCAUUAUCGUUUCUGCCAUUUACCUGACCUCCUCUGUUACCUCUCUCCUCUUUUCACUUUCCUUCUUAUCUUUCUUUUACCAUCUCUUUUCUUUUCUUUCCUCGUUUCUCUCGUCUCUAUUCUGUUUUCCUAUAAUUAGCAAUCAGUACGCUCGAGAUAGAGAAUUUGCAGAAAAAUUGUAUAAAGGUGCAAAUUUAAAAGUUAAAAUAAUGACAAUGUGGAAUAAGAAAAAGGAAAAGGUUUUCCUUUUUGCGCGUCAAAUUUGUACGAUCGUUCCUACAUAUUACUGUAAAUAAUAGUAAUUCCUUUAAUUUGCGAAUACGCUUAAUUUUUUUUAGUUAAUCAGUUAUAAAGAGAUGAUAUAAAGAGCAUGUACACGCGUACGAUAAAGGACAACGACAGCAAAAAUAUCAAGUUAAUGCGAAGAAGGUCACAUUACCAAAACAGUAUUAAUACGAAAAUUGAAGUAAAACAGUCGUAGAAUAAAAAUUGUAUCGUAAUACUCUCGGAUAGGAUUCUCAUUCAUACCCAUUCGAUAUCGUAUUUUCAUCAGAUUUGCACGAUCUUGAAAUGUUUUCGCAUAAAAACUGAUCGCAAACAUCGUCGUUGUUUCCUGAUAUUCUUGUUCGCCAAAGUUUAGCGCAUAUGUGUACACCAGUGUAAAGAAAUUAUGUUUAAGUGGGUUACAUUGACUAAAGAAGGGUGUAGAGCAAUUGUUUAUGAAGAAAUGAAUAUAUCUUUAAAUGUGCAAGCUUGUACGAAUGUUGUAUAUGGAUAGUUUAUGUUGUAUGACGUACGUAUGAUGUGUAUACAUGUACAUAACGCAUGUGCGCGUAUGCGUAUAUGUAGGAAGAUAUGUAGAAAAUCAAAUGUCUCCAUUUAGUCUGUGUAUAGUGCAUUAUUUCAUUAUAAUAUAGCAUUAAAAUAAUUUUGUUUCUGCA